AAGGAUAUUUUACCUUUAUAAAGAACAAUGUACUAAAGAUGUGGCUGUAUGAAUAUUUCCAAAGCUGUUAAUAAAUAAACAAAAAAAAGAAAAAAUCAAAUGCCAAAACAAUUUGUCAUGUCAAAGGACUAACGGGAAUUAAUAUUAACUUUUGAUUCUGUUUAGCCUACCUUUUGGUGCUUAUUUCUUUUUAAAAUGAGCGAAGUUUAUUUUAAUUUAAAGAGAAAACUUGAAGAUCUCGGUUAUAGCAACACAUUACCAAUCGACGCCGUCCCAUUAGUAGAAUGUAUUCUUGCAGAUUUGUUACAAACCACUCGUAGCCUACAACAUUAUAUGAAUUUAUCCAAAGAAGCUUUAAUGCAGCGAGAUUCUUUAAUGUUAGAGGCUGAACCUUACAAAUGUGAUAAUUCAAAACUUAUACAAGAAAACAAUCAGCUUCAUAGAGAGGUUUUAAAAUUAAAAGAAGAAAACUUGAGAUUGGCUAAAGAGAGUAAAAGAAGGCUCAAACUCUUGUCAGAAGAACUUGCAAAGAAAGAAACUAUUAUAAAUAAAUUACAACAUGAUGUCAGGGAUUUAAGCUUAAGAGGUUUGUGUGCUGAUACUUUAAGUAGUAGAAUCAAAAGCAGAAGGAAAGAUGGUGGUGAUACACAUGCUUCUAAAGUAUGUAUCUGUGAAGAGAAAAAAUCUUGGGAAGUUGAUAAAGAUGUCACAGAGUCAAAUAGAAGGAUAAAAUUAUUAGAAGAGAAAAUUGAAGUAUACUCUGAUGAAAUUAGUUUGCUUAAAAAUCAAAUUGAACAUAGAGAUAAUGAGAUUAUUAGACUUAAUAUUUUAUUAGAGGGGGGUCGUCCUGUAAAUGCUAUAAGAAAAGACUGUUGUAGUAUGAAUUCUAAUAGUAACGUUCAGGAUUUAGUAAAGAAGUUACAAGAAAUGGAAACUGCAUAUGGUCUGUUGAAAAAAGAGCAUGAAAAUAGUUUGGAGAAACAGCAUGAAGCUAUGUUACGUGCUCUUAGUCUGGCUGAUAAAAACAAAGCUUUACAUGAUGAAUUACAGAAAGUGGACACAUUAGCAUUAAAAGUUGAAGAGGAUUGCAAUAAACGACUAGCUACUAUGAUGAAUGAAAUAAAUUUUUUACAAACUAGAAUUGAAGGUCUAACAUUAAAAAAUUCAGAAUUGGAAAAAGAGCUUUCACAAAGAUUAUCGAAAACAUAUUCUUCUAGUGCACAUAAAAUACAAGAAUCACUAAAUUUGGCUUUAAAAGAGAAAGAUACCUUACAUAAGGAAAUAACUGAUUUAGUUGAGCUUAACAAAAGUUUACAGGAGAAAAUAUUGUCACUCUCACAAAUUAGCAAGGACGCUAGUAAAAUUAACAACCAGAGUGAUGAUGAACACAAGUUGAAGUGUCCAUCAAAAGAUGAGUUAUUGAAUAUUCUUGACAAUGAUAGAAAAAAAUAUGAAAAACAUAUGGUUGAGAUACAUGAGAAGUUAUCUGAAACAUUGAGUCUCUUUGGUAAUCAUUUAGGGAGAUGUAAAGAGAAAAAAGUUCAAAAAUCUAAUUUUACACAAUAUGACAGUACUCUUGUUAGGGAUAUGCAAAAUAAACUGUGUGAAAGUGAACAGAAAAUUCUAAUGUUAAGAAAAGAAAAUGAUGAGUUAAAAAUUAAAUUAUGCAUGCCUAAUGAAGGUAACAAACAGAACUAUAAAGAUAUUAUUAGCCAAUUGAAUGCUGAGAAUACAGAAUUAUCUAAAGAGAAUAUUUCAUUAAGUCAGCAAUUAAGUCAGCUCCGAAGUUUACAGUCUGUGAAAAUUAAUGAAAGUAGAGAUUCAAAUAGAGCUGAUAUCCAAAAACUAAAAAUCGAAAUUGAUGAAUUGACCAAUGAAAAUAGAUUGCUAGCAAAAGAUAAACAAGAAUAUAAAUUAAGGUAUAGGGAUGCAAUGGAUACCAUUGACAAAUUGAAAAGUGAUUUGGCUUUUAAGCAGAGACAAAUUGAGCAAAUACAAGAAGAAAAUUCUUCAUAUAAAAUGACACAUAGAACUGGGAAAGCUUCUGUAGAUCAUUUAAAAGAGGAGUGUAAUUUUUUAAGAGAACAAAUCAAAAGGAUGCAGUCAGAUGUUAUUAAAGAGAAAACAUUAGCUAAUCAAAUAAAAAAUAUUCAGUUAGAAACAGAAAGAAGUAGUAAUGAAAUACAAAAUGAAUUAUUGAGUGCUCAAAAAAAAUUGGCUUUGUCCAAAGAUACUAUUGAUUCAUUAGAAAAGAAAUGUAAUGAUCUACAAUCUGAAAUUUUGGCACUAAGAAGUGAUAAAUCAAAUCUAAUUGACAAUAUAAGAAAAAUUGAUCAAGAGCGUGACAAAUUAGUUAUAGAAUUGGAUCAUAAGACAGAGGCAGUCAGUGUUCUUGAACAAAAGUUGAAGUCCCAGUCAUAUGAAAUUAGUAAAUUAGAAAAUGAAAUAUCUGAACAAAAAAGAAAACUAAAUUUAAGUAAAGUGGCAGAACAUAAAUUAGUAGAUAAUGAAGCCCAAAUACAUUUCUUAAAUGGAGAAAUUUUAAGGCUUACACAACAAGUUGAUUCUGUUGUUAUUGAAAAUAAACAUUUACAAAAUAGUUUAGCUGAUGCCAAUGGAUCUUUAAAACUGGCAAACAUUGAAUAUGAAAAAUCUAGAAAGGAAGUAGAUGGUCUCAAGCAACAAUUGCAGCAUUAUGUUGCAGAAAUUAGACGAAUAGAAGAGUUACUAUCCCAGAAAGAAGCUGAGAGAUCUGAUAUGUUAGAACAAUUUGCAAGUUUGUCAGUUGAAGCUAAUAUUUUAGAAAACACAAAUCAUUCUUUAGAAAGUGAGUCUGCUUCAAAAUCUAUGCAGUUACAAACAUAUAUAAAUAAAAUUCAAAGUCUGGAAUCCAAAUUGAUGGAUAAAGAAAAUAUAAUAGAGAAGCAAUCUUCACAUAUAUCAGCACUUACAUGCAAAAUGACUUCUUUAGAAAAUGAAAUAAAGCUUAUUAUGGAAGAGAAAGAAAUUCUUCAGCAAAAUGUAACAUAUUUAAAACAAAUGUACGAUCAUUUGCAAUCAGAGCAUAGUAAUAAAUGUAUAAGCGAAACUGAUUCAGAACUCAAGAUAUAUGAAAAGAGGAUAAAAUCUCUAUCUAUUGCAAAAGACAAACUAGAUAUGGAAAAAGUGGAAUUGAAGGAAAAAUUAACCACAACUGAGAAAUUAUUAUCCAAUGCUAGACAAGAAAUUGUAGAGCUGAAAUUGGCUUUACAAGAUGCCACCUCAGAAAAUAAAAGUUUACAAGACCAAUUAAAUAAGUUGAGUGAUAGAAGGGAUACAGAAAGACAUGAAGCUUCUGUGUCAAGGGAAGAAUUGGAACUACCAUUAAUGUUAGAGGAAACAAUACAUGAAGUCAGCCAUGAAGAGGAUGAAGAGAGUUGUAGGUAUCAUGAAGUCCACAAAAGGUUUUCUAAAUAUUCUCACAGUGGCUCUAUAUAAAUAUCUUUUACAUAUAACUUGAAUCUAACCAAGCACAUAACAGCCUUUCCACAGUCCAUAAAACUGAAGUGUACUGAUAAAUGCAAUUGUAUAUGUUAUUAACAGCAAAAC